GUAUGUGGGUAACCUGUCUCGAGAUGUCACAGAAGCACUGAUACUUCAGGUGUUCAGCCAGAUUGGUCCAUGCAAAAGCUGCAAAAUGAUAAUGGAUACAGCUGGAAAUGAUCCUUACUGCUUUGUGGAGUUUUAUGAACAUCGCCAUGCCGCUGCAUCUUUAGCUGCUAUGAAUGGGCGAAAGAUAAUGGGCAAGGAAGUUAAGGUUAACUGGGCUACCACUCCUAGCAGCCAAAAGAAAGAUGCGAACAGUAAGCCUGUUCCCAUCUCCUUCUCCCAACAAGAUCAUUUCCAUGUUUUUGUUGGUGAUUUGAGCCCCGAGAUAACAACUGAUGACAUUAAAGCUGCCUUUGGACCUUUUGGAAGAAUAUCAGAUGCACGAGUGGUGAAGGACAUGACAACUGGAAAAUCAAAAGGCUAUGGUUUUGUGUCUUUCUUCAACAAAUGGGAUGCAGAAAGUGCCAUUGCACAGAUGGGAGGACAGUGGCUUGGUGGUCGACAAAUCAGGACAAACUGGGCCACAAGAAAACCUCCAGCCCCAAAAAGCACCUAUGAAUCCAACACAAAACAGUUGUCUUAUGAUGAGGUGGUCAACCAGUCAAGCCCCAGCAACUGUACUGUGUAUUGUGGUGGUGUUACAUCUGGAUUAACAGAACAACUCAUGCGUCAGACUUUUUCUCCAUUUGGCCAAAUAAUGGAGGUCCGUGUUUUCCCAGAUAAAGGGUACUCUUUUGUACGGUUUAAUGCCCAUGAAAGUGCAGCUCAUGCUAUAGUUAGCGUGAAUGGAACUACUAUUGAAGGUCAUGUGGUAAAGUGCUACUGGGGCAAGGAGACUCCAGAUAUGCUGAAUCCAGUACAACAACAAAGCCAAAUUAGCUUUCCGCCAACAUAUGGACAGUGGGGGCAGUGGUAUGGAGGAGCUCAGCAAAUAGGCCAGUAUAUGCCCAAUGGUUGGCAGGUGCCUGCAUAUGGAGUGUAUGGACAAGCUUGGAAUCAGCAAGGCUUUAGAGCGGCGGCAGCAGCAGCAGCAUGGGUGGGACCAAAUUAUAGUGUUCAACCUCCUCCUGGACAGAACGGAACUCUGAUCACAAACCAAACAGGCUAUCGUAUGGCUGGAUACCAAACGCAAUGA